GCGGCUUGCGUGGGAUCAGGCCAGCAUGAGAUUUGUGGGGGUCUAUUUCGCAGCCGGCAGGGGCCGGGCAGCCUUUAGUCUAGCAUGAGACAGCCAAGGGUGAGCACCCGAGUUUUCACACACUAAAGGUGCGAAGGGGAGAACGCACUCCGGGGAUAACACCAACCGAGACAGUGGGAGAGCGACAACCACCACCAUGCACCAGACCAGUUACACGCACGAGGUGCGCAAGGAGAAGUAUGAGCGCUCCGAUGUAUUCGAGGAGCCCUACGGCCCUGACGCGUCGGCGGGCGACUCGGCCAUCCAGGGCUGGGAGAGCCUGCAGGAACUCAACAGCCGUUUCGCCCGCUACAUCAACCGGGCACGCGUGCUGGAGCAGCGCAAUGCCGUGUUCCGGAAGCAGCUAGAGACGCUGCAGCGGAUGGAGGAGGUUAGCGGGCUCGAGGAGGCCUUUACCGAACAGAUUGGCCUGAAUCAGCAGCGCAUCCGGGAGCUCUCCGCUGACCGUGCCAAGCUUGAGCGAGAGCUGAAGGACUCAUGCCGCAUGCUGGACGAGUUCACCAACAAAUACAGAAAUGAAUGUGAGUAUCAAGAACAGCUGCGGGGUACACUGGAACAACUCAACAAGGAGGCUGACUAUGCCCUGUUGGGGAACCUGGAGUUUCAGAUCCAGUCCCAGUUCCUUCAGGACGACAUCAACUCCACCAAAGACAGACACAGGAAGAACCUGGCAGAGAUCCAGACCUACGUGAACAUCCUGCACCAGAUCAACCAGACAAUAUCCCUGGUGCCCAACGUGGCCGUGGGCAUCUCUGAGGAGCAGGAAAAGCAGCUGGCCCAGAGGAGAGUUCCAGCCCUGCAAAGCCAGCUGGAGGAGUACAAGAGCGCCCUCUGCCAGCUCCAGGCACAGAAGCUGCAUCUGCAGACCGAGACCUCAGUGUUGGAGAAUUCCAUCAAGAGCACCCAGGAGAGCUAUGACGAUGAGAUCCAGCUGUACAACGAGCAAAUUGAGUCUCUGAGGAAGGACAUUGAGGAGGCCGAGAGGUCCCUGGAGAAAUACACCAACGAGUGCCGCCACCUGGCCAUGUACCAGAUCUCCCUGGAGAAUGAGCUGGAGAGGUACAAGAGGAUCAUUGAGAAUGAGGACAACAGGUUGAAUUCAGCGAUAAUUGGGACUCCCAUUACCUUGUUCACCACCAAUUACCGCUUUACCCACACACCCACCAUGUCGAGCAGGGGCAGAGACAUCACCCAAGCCGUCCAGGACAUCAGCAGUGUCAAGCCUCGCCAGAAGAACCUGGCCAAGAAGGUCACGAAGAAGAAGGAGAUCAGUCCCAAAGACGUGAUGGACAGUGGCCAGGACGAAAGAGUCGGUGGAGCUGAACACAUGGAGGAUGAGAAGCGAGGGAUGGAGGAGGAGGAGGACGAGGUGAAUAGAGAGAAGCAGAGUUCGCUGUACACGGGUGUGUCCCCCCAGGACGUCCCAGACGGAGCUCAGAUCAGCAAGGCCUUCGACACGCUCUGUAACAUCGUCAGAGACCGCAUGAGGAAGUACAAGAAGCCAGAGCCAAUUGCUGACUUCUAUACUAAGGGGCGCUAUGUGCUGGUGACGGGCGACGGCAGCUACCCCCACCCCCAUUUCUACACCUCCAGCCCCUCCGCUGGACACGUCUUUGUCACAAUCUGCGACGGCAUGGUCUCCCCUAAUGACCCCUUCAGCCCAUACACCCCCUCCCCUGACCCCCCUCAUCCACAGCCCAUGCCACCCCCUUGCCCCUGUAUUCCCACCCCACCUUCCGACGGAGAGGGUGGCAAAGGUGACGAUAAGGGCGGAAAAGGUGGUGGGAAGGGGAAAUCUAGGGACGUAGAUCCUACUCCCCCCCCACAGCCCAACCCUGCCCCAGCUCCAGGCCCUGAUCCCAAAGACCCCAAAUGCCCCAGCAAUCCCUCCGGACCCAAGGGGGGUAAAGAUGACAGUCGCCGUAGGGGCCUUUCUCCCAUACCCUCCCCCCGUGGCGCUAGCAGCAUGCCCCCUGACACCAUGAGCUAUGAGAAGGUGGAGAUGGUGGAGUCAGUGGAAAGGUUCUCCAACGACCGCAAGACCAAGGGUUAUGAGGAGACGGCCAUGGUGGUGGAGACCAUGAUUGAGAAGACCAGCAAGAAGAAGCACUGAGUCUGAGGAGAUUGACCUCGACCAAAAGAGCUGGACAGACUCCUCACAAGUUCCACCUCACCUUAUGCCAGCAAGAACAAACAAUGAGACCAAUAUGAGACUCUGCUAAAGACAUUCUAAAAACACUGUUCAACCGUGGAUGAGACCAACUGCUAUGAGCCAGUCCUCACAUAGGAAACUGCUAAAGACUCCUUCCACAUUCAUGAUACUGCUCCUCCAUUUACUCACGCUCUCUGGCUUUGUGUUCAGCAAGAGUUAGCUGGUUCCAUAAUGCUGCUGUUGUUGUUUCUACCUACGCCAAUACCUUAUGCCUUUACUGUCUGAAAACUCAAAGUACCAGCAUCAAAACAACAGAACAAGCCCCCCCCCCCCCAAAAAAAAUAAAAAAUAAAGUGAAUAAAAACAUGACUUUGAUGUGCGAAAAAAAUGGAUUACAUGCUACUGCCCUCAUGGAUGUUUGCCACCCUUCCAAAUCAAACCUUAACCCAAACCUCCACCCAAGACUUAAUUUGCUCAAUUGAAUGCCAUUGACCUCCCUCAACACAGUCUUGCUGUGUAUAAAACUGCUUUAAUAAUAAAAAAAAAUAUCACGUUCCACAAGCA